UGACGGUAGUAGGAAAAGGAGUUGGAGGGGGCGGGGUGCAGCAGAGAUAUUUGGAGGCUUUUUUUUUUAAAUAUAAAAUUAUUUAUUUAAAUAAAAAUGGCUGCCGUGGAGAGCGAGGAGGAGAGAAUAGAGGAGGCCACAGAGGGCCAAGAGGAGAGAGAACGGCCACACAGUAAGACUAAGAAGGCUCGCAAAGAACAGCGCCAUGUUGAACAGGUGGCCAUAUCUCAGGAGCCCUUGCCCUCAUCAGGGGUGGAGAUCUCGCAGUCAGAGCCGAUGGCGGGGCCCUCGCAAGCAGCAACCGGUAGCGAGUCUGCAGGAUCUCCCAGGCAGCGGCGCUCCAUCAUCCGAGAUCGCGGACCGCUGUACAACGACCCCUCGCUGCCUGUCGGCUGGACCCGCAAGCUCAAGCAGAGGAAGUCCGGACGCUCUGCAGGGAAGUUUGACGUCUACCUGAUCAACUCGGAGGGAAAGGCUUUCCGGUCCAAGGUGGAGCUCAUCGCUUACUUCCAGAAGGUCGGUGACACCACGACUGACCCCAACGAUUUCGACUUCACCGUGACAGGACGCGGAAGCCCCUCCCGCCGGGAGAAGAAACCUCCCAAGACACUAAAAGUGGUCAAACCUUCUGGUAGAGGCCGUGGAAGGCCCAAAGGCAGCGGGAAGAUACGUCAGGUUACGGAGGGUGUAGCUAUGAAGCGCGUGGUUGAGAAAUCUCCUGGAAAACUGUUGGUCAAAAUGCCAUACAGCAAGGUGGAGUCCACUGGUGAGACCACACCCACCACUUCAAAGGUGUCAGCUCCUGCCCUGCCGUCAGUCAAGUCACGUCCAGGCAGGAAGAGGAAAUCAGAACAGGAUCCUCCUGCUCCCCUGCAGACUACACCCAAAAAACGUGGCAGGAAACCAGCCUCAGCUUCAGCAGCAGCGACAGCUGCCACGGCAUCUUCCUCUUCAGCAUCAACCUCUGGUAUGUCAGCAGCAGGGAGCUACGCCGCCAUCAUGGCCGCUGAGGCCAAGCGCAGAGCCACGAAGGAGUCUUCCAGCAAACCUGUUGUCCAGGAAACAGCCCUGCCAAUCAAAAAACGCAAGACGAGAGAGACAAUUGAGGAGAGGGAGAAAGUUCAGACUCCAGGAUCUAGCACCACCGAACCUGGAAAGAUGGCGCCCUCCGAGGGGGAGACCAGUCAGAAAGAAUCCACACAAACUACCCAACUUGCCUCUUUGGAGGGGAGCCAGUCCCAAUCCCAGAGGCUGCCUUCUGCUCCCCAAGAAAGUCACUCACACGGACAUAAAUCGCACAAAGGGAGGAAGCACAAGGAGAAGAGUGGAACAGCAGAAAGUCAAGAGGAGGAAGUGAGCGAAGACAUUGAUGAAAAAGGAGGAAAAGGUGGAAGGAGUAGUAGCAGUAGCACGAGUCCGUCCAAAAGCCACAAGAGGAAGGAGCGCUCGCCACACAAACAUCAUCAUCACCAUCAUCACCAUCACCAUCAUCGUCAUCAUCACCGCCACCAACAGCACUCCCCUUUGCAUCAUCCUCAUCCAGCAUCUGGACCCGCCUGCAAGUCCCGACCCAAAACCGAUCUACACACUGAAUCCCAGUCCACUGCCCCCAAACCACCUCCCCUUUCACACCCCUCGCCUCAACCCUGCCCACUGCAAGCACUCCAGACCUCGUAUCCAGGUCAAAGCCAAGCUCUGUCCCAAGUUCCAGUUACUCAGUUCUCCCCCAUCAGGCAUUCCCCUCCUCGGCCACACCCCCACAAAACAUCACCAUCAGUCCAACACAAAACUCAGCUUGCAGUUCACCAUGCUUCACCUCCAUCAAUCUCGCAGGUCCAGCCCCCACAGACAAAGAAUCCUCAUCCACAACCCCAGUCCCCAGUAAUGCUCCAGUCUCAAACCCAAUCCAGAACCCACUUUGAGACUCAACCACUUACUCAACUCCAAACUCAGAUCAGGACGCAUCUCUCAGCCGACCCGCAAAUACAGCCUAGAACCACGGCCCAACCCCAUCUACAACACCAGUCCAGAACCUGUGCCCAAACGCAAUUCUCGUACAGUUCACCCACACAGACUCAACUUUCGACAAAGAUGACCCCCCCUUUGCAACACCAACUUCACAUUGAAAGCAGACCACAAACCAGACACUCUCUCUCAGAGUCCAGGCCCCUGCCGGCCCGAGCGCAACUACAUUUGCAUCAGAUUCAACCACAGAUGCCCAGGCCGCAAUCACAACAACUCCCACUCCAACAACUAUCUCUCCACAUGAGACCCAACAUGGUCUCUGCUCAACAGAGCGAGCAACCUCAAGACCUGAGCACCACACCCUCCACUCGCAGCCAGGAGGGGGUGUCCAGAACCGAAAUACGAGUUGAAGCAGGACGCGUCUCAGAAAGCAGAGAGACAACUGGGGAGUCGAACAGCACUGCGAUGCCUUCCAGCUCAAUCUGCUCCAAUCCUCCUGGAGGAACAGGGACAGAAGAGGGUGUCAGUGUUGUGUCCGGGGCAGAAGGCAGGGCGCGGCUACGGGCGGAUUCGGAGGCGGUGGACGAGAGCAGGGAGCUCAGAGACAUGGUCCCUCCAUCUGCCGUUCCCUGCCCCAGCCGAGAGGAAACAGUCGAAUCUCGGACUGCCGUCAGUGAAAGAGUCAGCUGAUCAGUGGGUGCAUUUGGAAGCGGAAUCCACCUUUGUUGUGGACUGAGAUGAUACCAGUGAGGGCUCUUCCUUCAUCUUUGUGCACUGUUGUUCCACGGAAUGACCCUUUCACUUUUUGUCAAUGGAAUGAGCGCUAAGCUAGCACUGACGAUGACUGAGAAUGGAUGGUGUCAUUUUUUUAGGG